GUGAGAACAACAAAACGGAUGACAUUCAAACGGACUUGGAUAUUUUAGGAAUAUAUGUUGUUACUGUUUUAAUACGAUGGAGAAAUAUUCAUCAUUCUUUGCGACUGUGUCACCAGCCUGGACAUAUCCUAUAUCUAUAACCUUAAUUUGAUAAUGUAAAUAACCUCAAAAAAUUGCCACAUAUGACAUAUAAUUUCCUAUUUAAAUUACGUAUAAAUUUGGAUUUAUAAUUAUUAGAAAGUGAAUGAGAAAUGUUUUGAGUUCUAUUAAAGAAAUAAUUAAUAAUAACAGAAAAAAAUUAUUAAUGAUGAUAUUAUGAAUGUUUACAAAUAAAAGGGUCAAAUUAUUCAUAUGAGUACUAAAAUACUUAUUUAAGAAUAUACUGAAUAAUUUUUAAAGAUUGUUUAAAAUGUUCCAGGAAAUCUAGUUGUAUACAUAUAAUAAAAUGGCAAAAAGUCAUUCAGAUGAAAUUGUUCUCAGCUAUUAUGACUGUCUACUCAGAGCUAGUGAUGUUGCAUUACUUCAAGGAACACAUUGGCUGAACGAUGUUAUAAUAGGAUUCUACUUUGAAUAUCUAGACCAAAGAUACAAUGGAACUGGCGAAAAAGAAUUCUAUUUCAUAAGCCCAGAAUUAACACAGUUACUAAAAAUGACAGAUCCAUCUCAAUAUUCCAUAUUCUUGGAUCCUGUUAAUGUUUCAAACUCCAAAUGUAUAAUUUUUCCUUUGAAUAAUUGUGACAAAAAAGAUGCUGCAGGAGGAUCACACUGGAGCUUAUUAGUAUAUUCCAAACAGGAGAAAACAUGUUAUCAUUUUGAUUCAUCAAAAGGUUUCAAUAGUAGCAUUGCUUCAAAAUUUGCAAAAAAUAUAAUGAGUUGCAUUCUUAAUGAAAAUAAUCUUAAUGGAAAAUUUGUGGAAGCUGAUUGUCCUCAGCAGGACAAUGGAUAUGACUGUGGAAUUUAUGUACUGUGUUUAACAGAUGUAAUUGUACAAUAUGUUCUGAAAACUGGGAGAGUAGGGGGAUGUGACUGCAGUGAAGUUAAAAGAUUGUCACAGUUAAAACGUACGCAAUUGUUGAAUUUAAUUAAUGAAUUAAAGCGUAAAUUAAUUACUUGUACAUAAAUAAAAAGUGAUGCGAAAAUAUUGUUCAAGGAUUAAUUGAUAAAUAUCAAAGCGUUAGUAUGAAACAGCGUUAUCUCUUGUACAAAAUAAACAUAUAGAUAGAGUUAAGCAUAGAAUGUACAUAGCCGAGAAAAUAUUUGGUCCGGAUGCAGUUAUCAAAGUUAAUGUAGCAUUUAUAACGGUGGAUAAUCUAAAACUAUGAAACUCGAAGUAACGUUAGUUUAAAGCACUAUCGUGGUACAAGUUAGUGUGUUUUCAAGGUGCAGUAUAAACCUUGAAUAGUAACCGUGAACACGUCAGUUUACCUGUGUAAAAUUUUAAAAACAUUUAUAACAAAGAUCAUCAAUUAAAUAAAGAAUAUUCAAAUCCUACCA